CACCAACACCACAUUCAUCAUCACACUAUCCAAUUUCCAAAAUUUCAUCAAUUUUGUUUUUUAUUUUAGUCUUUACAACUUAUUGAGCUUAUAUGAUAGUAGCACAUAUGUCCCCUGCAAUGGUGAUGAAAAGUGAAGAGAGUUAUGAAGAUAAUGAUGAGAGAGAAGUUCAUCAUCAUCAAUAUCAAAAGGGAGUGAAGCAGCUUGUUGAGAAUGGAAGAAUCCACACACUGCCUCAAAGGUACAUACUUCCAGCUUCUGACAGACCAAUCAUCACUACGAGUGAAGAACAAGAUGAUGAUUCAAAUUUUGUUGGAAAUCCAAAAAUUGAGUUGCCAAUCAUUGAUUUUUCGGAAUUGAUUGGUCCAAAUAGGCCUCAAGCUCUUCGAUCAUUAGCUCAUGCUUGUCAACAUUACGGAUUUUUUCAGUUGGUGAAUCAUGGGAUCUCAGAGGAAGUUAUAAGGAAGAUGAAGGAUGUGAUGGGAAGAUUCUUCAACCAAGCAUAUGAGGAAAGAGCAAAGCAUAUGACAAGUGACAUGAAAGCUGCUGUUAGGUAUGGAACAAGCUUCAGCCAAAACAAAGACUCUGUCUUUUGUUGGAGAGAUUUCUUGAAGCUUCUUUGCCAUCCUUUGUCUCAUUACCUUCCUCAUUGGCCUCAAUCCCCUAUGGACCUUAGGGAAGUGGCGGCUACCUACGCAGAAGAAACCAAUAACUUGUUUUUAAAGUUAAUGGAAGCAAUUUUGGAGAGUUUAGGGAUCAAAGAAGAAGAAGAAGAUGAUGAUGAUAAAAAUAAUAAUAUUAUGAAGAAGUUGGAAGAAGGUGGGAGCCAAAUGAUGGUGGCAAAUUUGUACCCUCCAUGUCCUGAGCCAGAUUUGACACUUGGAAUGCCACCUCACUCAGAUUAUGGGCUUCUAACAUUGCUACUUCAAGAUGAAGAGGUUGAGGGUUUGCAAAUUCAAUUUCAAGGAAAGUGGCUCACUGUUAAACCCAUUUCCAAUGCCUUUGUUGUCAAUGUUGGUGACCACUUAGAGAUAUUUAGCAAUGGGAUAUACAAGAGCGUGUUACAUAGGGUAUUGGUGAAUGCAAGAAAGAGUAGAACUUCAGUGGCAUCAUUGCAUAGCCUUCCAUUCAAUUGCACUGUGAAACCGUCGCUAAAACUCAUUAAUGACGCUAAUCCAAAGCGUUACAAAGACACUGAUUUUCAUACAUUUCUUGCUUAUGUUUCCUCACGAGAGCCCAAGGGAAAGGAUUUCCUUCACUCUAGGAAAUUGACUUCCUUCACUUCUCAUUAAUUAAUCAACUAUAGAAGAAAAAAAAAAGAUGCAUCAUUAUUAAUUAAUUAUUGAAAUGAAGUGCCAUAUAUAGAUGUGCCCUACAUGCACGUACAAUAAUUGGUGAUGGUUAGAUUUUUGGAGGAAGAGAAAUUUUUAUUUUUUUUAUCAUAUAAUAUAACAUAUUAAUCAAUCAUCAAUGAUUCAACAUGGUAGGACCACUUGUCACAGAGACUUUUAGCUUACUUUUUCUGCAAUAUUUUUAUCUUGUUAGAAAUAUUGUUAGAAAUUCAGAAAUUUUGUUACAAUUUCAUUGUGAGGUCGGUCGGAUCAGAAUGAUAUAUAAAAUAUAUAUAGUUAAUUAA